CAAAAGACAAGCAGCAUGUAUAAAUAAUGUCUGAAGGAGAGUCAGAACAAGGCCAAUCUGAAUGCACAUCCUCGGAAGUAACCCCUCCUCAAAGGAAAAGAGCACCUCCAUUCCCUAAGGCUGAAUACAUUUUUAUGGUGGAGUUUUUGGAGAGACGCAAAUAUGGAGUUGCAGAAAAAGGUUCCAUCAACACUCAAAAAGCCAGUGUCUUGCAGGAUUUGGUGAGGGAGCUCGAAGCAAACUUUGGCAUAGUUCAUAAUGAAAGACAAAUAAAAAAAAGAUAUUCGGAUUUGAAGGAGCGAGAAAAAGAGACAUACGAGAGCAUUAGAAGCAAAAUAGCCCGAGACAAAGAGCUUGAGCAAUGCAGGUUUCCAGCAUCUGAAACUACACAUGAUAUCCCUAGUCAAUUGAAUGUGACCCAAAGCACUGACACUCAGGUGGAUAUGGCAGAGGAAAUGAUUACACUGACAUUUGAGCCCAUACCGACUGAAAGGCUAACAGAAAACUCAAUAAAGCAAAUUAUGCCUGUAAACAUGGAUGAGAAGUUCUCGGAAAUGGAAAACAGACUUGUGCAACACUUACAUCAUUUUCAUAUCAUGUUAAGUCAAAAAAUAUAUGACCUUGAGGGAAAAAUAGAUGAGCGACUUUGCCAGCUAGAAAAAGAAGUAGCCGAUUUAAAGAAAAAACUCUUCUUAUGGAUAAUUGAGUUGUGGUGGAAAUGUAACAUUUUUUGGGGAAAAUGUAAUCAAAACAAUGAUAUUAGCAACAAAGUAAAUUUUGUUUUGCACACAGUUUACAAUGAUUUACGUGCAAGUUUGGUUAAAAAAAACUAUUGCAAUAAUUAUAUUUAUAAAAAAAAUCAUAUAAUAUAUUUAGGAAUACCCGUUGAAGGUGUUGUUAAAUCUUGAAGGGUGCAAGGAUUUUGAGUUGUGGGUAUGUUUUUGGG